AUGCCAAACCUCAGCAGCCUGGGCAAGAUCUGUGGCUCCAGCCGGGGCGAGGAUAUGGUGGUGAUGGACAGGGCCAAGCGCAAGAAUUCGGUUAGGCGCAUGUCGAUCAUUGAGGAUGGUCAGAUUGCUGAGGUUCUCUACCUGAUUCCGAAACAAUCAAUGAUGGAGCAGCUUCCCUUCCUGAACCCCAACGACUAUAUCCUGUGUGAGCGGAUGGUAGGCAUGCCGCCAGACAUGGGAUCAAUUGGACCAGUGGCCCAUGUUCAGGACCCUGCAGAGAAGCUGUGCAUCCAGUGCUAUAAAUGUGGGGAGCCAUGCAAGGGGGAGGUACUGCGGGUCCAGUCUAAGCACUUCCACAUCAAGUGCUUUACCUGCAAGGUGUGCGGGUGCGACUUGGCUCAGGGAGGCUUCUUCAUGAAGAACGGGGACUACCUGUGCACGUUGGACUACCAGCGACUCCAUGGCACAUGCUGCAAUGGCUGUGGGAGCUUUGUAGAGGGAGAGGUGGUCACUGCUCUCGGCAAGACGUACCAUCCAGCCUGUUUCGUCUGCACAAUCUGCAAACGACCAUUUCCUACAGGAGAUCGUGUCACCUUUAAUGGGAAAGACUGUCUCUGUCAACACUGCAUCCACCCUCUGUCCCCUACCCCCAAAGACAUCAGCAGCUCCAGCAACUGUGCAGGCUGUGGUAGGGACAUUAAGAAUGGCCAGGCCCUAUUGGCUCUGGAAAGACAAUGGCACCUUGGCUGCUUCAAGUGCAAGGCCUGUGGCAAAGUGCUGAACGGGGAGUACAUCAGCAAGGAUGGCACCCCCUAUUGCGAGAAAGACUACCAGAUCCACUUUGGGGUCCAGUGUGAGGCCUGCAAUCAGUUCAUCACAGGGAAGGUUCUGGAGGCAGGUGACAAGCACUACCAUCCCAGUUGUGCAAGGUGCAGCAGAUGCAACCACAUGUUCACAGAAGGAGAGGAAAUGUACCUGCAAGGAUCUACAGUAUGGCAUCCAGACUGUAAGAACAAUAGCAGAGCUGAAGAGAAAUACAGGCCUACCAGGUCCUCGUCUGAGAGUAUCUGCUCAAGACCUGGCUCCAGCAUCUCAGGGUCCCCUGGUCACACGAUCUAUGUGAGUACCUACAGCAACUCUGCACACUACUAACUGGAGAUGCGACUGAAGGUGACACACUGGGGACUCCAAUGAAACAACAGUGUUCUUCUUAUACUUUCUUUAUUAUUGAUUGAUAUCACUCCAAGGUGUUCCCUAUUUAUUGCGCUGUAUCAUCUGUGUUUGUUAUGUUGGGAGUAUUGUCAUGUACACUGUCCUGAGUUCUUUAUGGCUGUCUUGUCAUUGUCCUGUAUGUAUUUUGUACAAUAAACAAAUGUAAUAACAGCAUCACAGUUCUGGCUAAAUAGUAUUAUAUCGUUAUUAGGUAGUGUAGGGCUUUUGAAGUCUUGGUAGCUCUUUAGUUGUACCCUCGGUCAUAAAACAGGCUUAACAUUGUCAUUGGUAUGACAUAACACAUGAUGUGAGUAGUCAAAUCAUUUAAUCCAAUGCAACAACACAACUCAGUUCAAUAAUGUGAGCUGACAAGGAAAGUAUUCCGACCCCUUGACUUUUCCCACAUUUUGUUAGGUUACAGCCUUAUUCAAAUCUAUGUUGCUAAGUAAAUAAACAUGUCAAACUGAAAUAUCACAUUUACAUGAAUAUUCAGACUUUUUACUCAGUACUUCCUUGAAACACCAUUGGCAGCGAUUACAGCCUUGAGUCUUCUUGGGGACGAGGCUAAAAUCUUGGCACACCUGUAUUUGGGGAGUUUCUCCCAUUCUUCUCUGCAGAUCCUCUCGACCUCUGUCAGGUUGGAUGGGGAGCGUUGCUGCACAGCUAUUUUCAGGUCUCUCCAGAGAUGUUCGAUCGGUUUCAAGUCCGGGUUCUGGCUGGGCCACUCAAGGACAUUCAGAGACUUGUCCUGAAGUGACUCAUGCGUUGUCUUGGCUGUGUGCUUAUGGCCGUUGUCCUGUUGGAAUGUGAACCUUCACC